AAUUCAUAAUGGAAAUUCAAAAAAAAGAAAAAAGUUAACGGGUAAUUGAGAGCUGGGUACCCUUUUACACCCGCUCCCCAACCAUAUAAAGGCGCUCAAUCGCUACAUCACCAUCGUUCAAAAUUUUCAAUUCCCAAUCUCGAAUUUCAUUUUCAAUCUUAGGGUUUCUAAUUUCGUAAUUUCUAAAUCCAUUUUCAAACACUUUCUGUUAUAACAUUAUCGGCAACAAAUUUUUCCGAUCCGUCAUCAAUGCCGUUAUUGGCCGCCAGUGGCGGCGACACCGUCAAACUAUUUGACGCCUCCGACCGGCUUUUCGACUCCUCUGUUAAACCUGGGGAUCCUUGUACUCUUAGUUUCACUCCUACUUCCGGUUCUCAAGUGAAUUCAGUCAAGUGGAAUCACACAAAUUUGGUUGUUGCAAGUGCUGGUGAUGAUAAGAGGAUCUCUUUGUGGCGAAAGAAUGGACAGAGUAUGGGAACUAUUCCUGUUGCUGGUAGUGAUAGUGUUGACAAUAUUGAGGAGUCAAUAUUGGCUAUCAGUUUCAGCAAUAAAGCAUCCAGAUAUAUGUGUUCUGGAGGAAGCGGUCAAGUUGUAAAGAUAUGGGAUUUGCAAAGGAAGCGCUGUAUUAAAUGGCUAAAGGGUCAUACUAAUACUGUUACAGGUGUUAUGUACAAUUGUAAAGAUGAACAUUUGGCUUCUAUUAGCCUCAGUGGGGACCUUAUACUUCAUAACCUUGCUUCUGGGCAAAGGGCAGCUGAACUCAAAGAUCCCAAUCAACAGAUGUUGAGAGUUCUUGAUUAUUCUCGGGUUAGUCGUCAUCUUCUCGUGACAGCUGGUGAUGAUGGGACAGUACAUUUGUGGGAUACAACUGGACGCAACCCUAAGGUUUCAUGGAUGAAGCAGCAUUCUGCGCCUACUGCUGGAAUUGGCUUCUCUCCGUCCAACGACAAGAUCAUUGCUAGUGUUGGUCUUGAUAAGAAAUUAUACACUUAUGACUCUGGAUCUAGAAGACCAACAUCUUGCAUUUCUUGCGAAGCUCCUUUUUCUUGUUUGGCCUUCAGAGAUGAUGGUUGGAUGCUGGCCGCCGGAACUAGCAAUGGGCGUGUCGCUUUCUAUGAUGUCCGUGGAAAACCACAACCUUUUGGUGUUCUUCAUGCUUAUGGUAGUUCAGAGGCUGUUACAAGCUUAUGUUGGCAAAGAUCAAAACCAGUUAUUGUCGAUGAAAGGAAUUGCUCUGCUGAGACUGCUCUUAUCGGAAAUUCUGUGGAAGAUUCAAUCCUUAUGCCCGAUCCUUUACCUUCUGCAACUUCAUCAAGCAUUUCCACAUCAGUGUCUAGUACUUGGAAUUCUGGUCGGCUGGGUUCUUCCAUUGAUACAUCUUCACUUGCAACAUCCAGCAGUGGAUUUACAACAAGCCUACAAAAUGUGUCUACUGGAGAGGAAACACCACUCCGAAACCAUUUAUGGCCAGGUGGAACACUGUCCAGGUUGCAUGCUCCACGUGGUAGUUAUAACUUCAAGGAUGACAUGGAGGUAUUCUCCCCUCUUGUGGAUGUUACACCAAUAACACCUUCACUGUGGGAUUCAGAUAGGAAACCUGUGAUGUUUCGAUCAUCCAGUCGAAGAUUCCCAAGUUCAGAAGAUGCAAGCAGUAACUUACUCAGCGACCAUGUAAUAGCUGAUUGGAAGUCUAGCUCAACUGCCAAGCAGGAUAUCACUAAUUCUUCCUUUCCACUUGUGGGGUUAACUCCUCCUCCAUCUACAAAGAGUGAAGAGUCUUCCAUCACUCCUCCAGAAGCCUGGGGUGGUGAGAAGCUACCUGAUAAAUAUACUUACCCACGUCCGGCUGUAAAUGCACCAUCUCGUUUUGGGAUGUUGGCUUCCAGCGGUCAGACGGCAGGAUCAAUGCUUUCUGGGUUGCAGGAUACAUCGUUAUCAACUGGUAUUGGUUCCUAUACAAGUUCAAGCCUAAAUUUUUCCAAUUUACGCACCAAAGAUGUUUCUACUGGCCAGGAGACUUCAUUGGGGUUUACUGAUCACAUGUUCUCUACUUCUAUGCCUUUGUCCUCCAUCAAUACAAAAACCAACCUUGGACAGACAAACAUUGACUCCCCAAAAUUGUCUGAUUCUCCUAAAACGUCAGCCUUUUCUAGAAGAAUUUCUAGCUAUGCAGAAAGAAUUGGCAUUGCAUCUUCCUUAGCUGAUGGAGCAUCUCUUUCUGUUGGUUCACCUAAGAUUAAGAAAUCAGGAGCAGAAACCAGAGAAGAACUUCUAAAUAGCUUGCUAUUGAAGUCUGAUAUAUCUCUUCCAACAGAUUCAGGCUCUCUGACAAAUGGAACAAUACCCCAACAGAAACCAUCUCAGUCAGAUGCACAAGGAUCGUCAUUUACACUACAGCUUUUUCAACGGACACUGGACGAAACUCUAGAUUCCUUUCAGAAAUCCAUACACGAGGAUGUGAGAAACGUCCAUCUUGAAAUAUUACGACAGUUUCAUCUGCAAGAGAUUGAAAUGUCAACCGCGAUGAACUCAAUUCUGGAAAACCAAGCUGAGUUGUUGAAAGAAGUGAAGUCUCUGCGUAAGGAAAACGAGCAGCUUAGACGAUUGCUUUGAUGGACAUGUGAAUAAGGUCGCAACAUUUUUCUUUAACAGAGUGUCUUAUCCCGUUGGAUCUGUUGUAUCUUUUACAGAAUAGCAAUUUAUCUUUUGAUUUGUUAUAAGCUAUUGUGUCUCGGCUUUUAGAUGGUGGUGGUUGGAAAACAAAAAAAAAAAAUAUUACAAGUGAAUUGCUUGUUACUGGAAUAGGUAUUGAAAAUGUAUAGAGGUGAUGAUUUUCUAAUUAUGGAAGCUAUUUGUUGGGUGUUGGGGUGAUCUAUAUUUGGAAGAUUAUAUUGUGGUGCCAACAUAGUUGGGAUGUCAAGUUUCUACAA